AGUUAAAAAAAAUUUAUUAGACAUUUUAGCUGUAUCAGAUUUGUUUGCUGACUGCAAAUUGCAAUUGAAGAACCCUAUACGCUCUGCAAACAAAUACAUACUCUUUCCUACCAAAUCACCUUCAGUUUCCUACAUCUCUCUCCAUCAACGCUCUCUCAAGUCAUGGAGGAGCAGUUCAUACUCCGAGUUCCACCUUCCGUUGCUGAGCGAAUAGAAUGCCUUCUGAAUGAGAAUGCUUCUUCUGAAGAUAAGUCACUGGAUUUGUCCUUUUCCGAGGAUGGGAGGAGCGGAACAUUUGCUAUAGGCAAUGAUCAUUUCCCUGCGUCCCUCUUGGAUCUUCCAUGCAUUGUGGAAUCAUACAAAACUUAUGAUGAUAGCGUGCUGAUCAAAACUGCAGAUAUUGGCCAAAUGAUUAUGGUGAGAGAAGAGAGUGACCCUGCACCAGAUGUGGUGGAGUACAAACAUGGCCUUACUCCUCCCAUGAGGGAUGCUCGAAGGCGAAGGUUUCGUCGGGAGCCAGAUCUAAAUCCCGAGCUUGUGCAGCGCGUUGAGAAAGAUCUUCUGAACAUUAUGGCUGGUGGAACAGCUGAGAAUGUCGAUGUUGAAGUUGCAGGUCAAGAGGAAGGCGGUGAAGAGAACGCUCGUAAUACGAGCAAGAAAGCUACACCGGCUCCUGCAGCAAAACCUGAUGUUCCAGAUACUGGAGGCAAUGCUGCAGAGCCUGAGGGAAGUGAUUCCGAUGACUCUGAUGAUUCUAUUUAACUCAGAAGUCCAACAUAAAACUCGGGUAAUUACUUACUUGGGGUUUUAGCAGCCAAAGUUAAUGCCAUCUAGCCAAGUGGCAGCUUCUGUGUUUCUGUCAAGAAAAAAAAAAAGAAAAGAAAAGAAAAAUGUGUAAAUUGAAUUUUCUCUAGAUUUGUGCACCACUACGAUCAAACAACUAUACACAUUCUUCAUCUUUAGAAGGUUACAGAUUUUUGUGAGCUUAGUUAUAAGCCGUUGUGGUGUAGUUGUGAAGGGACACAUGGCAAGAAUGGUCUUAAAUUAUGUUAUGAUGAAUAUUAUAAGGUCAUGAAUUUUUGUGGUGAGAAAAGUUGUGAACUUUUAUACUUUUGUUAUGAAGCAUUGUGUGUAGUUAGUAUGUAUCUCUUUAAAAGUGUGUAUAGUAGGAAAGGUAAGUUUGUUUAUAAAAAUUCAUGUAAAUUACAUUCUGCACGUUA